UUCAUUUGUCUUAUUACUUAAUUUCCUCGUGCAUUUCAAUUCUUUUGUGAGUUCAUGAAUUUCAUUGUGCAUGGAUCUUUGCAUUUUUCAUUGCUUUUGUGUGCACAUGCAUAUGAUUUAUAUUUCAGUUCUUCACCCAAUAUCACAUAUUGAUAUAUGAAAAACCAACAUGUAUUUAUGCUAACAAAAGGACUAGCUUGUCUGCGUAGAUUAUCUCAAACAUCCAUUUUUUAAGAGCUUUAACAACUGCCAGAGCAUCCGUGUUCCUCAUAGUCAAUGACUAUGUCAUCUAUAAUUUGGUUUAUUUGAUUCAUAGUGAUUUCAUUUUAUGUUUUUCUAAAAUAUAAUAUAGCAAAAUGGUUAGAGAAGUAAAGCUAAUCAAGGAUAUUCAAGCUCAACAAAGAGGUUGGACAGUAAAAGUGGUGAUUAUUGAGAAAGCAAUGGCACGAGUUUCUAAAUCAAGUCCAAACAAAUAUCAAAGGUUAAUCUUAGCUGAUGAAGAAGGUAAUAAGAUCCAGGCCACAAUAUAUGGUGGAGACAUCCACAUCUUCCGAGACACACUCAUAAUUGGGAAAAAUUAUUAUAUUUCUAAUGCUUGGGUUAAAGAAAUUGGUGCACAAUAUCAGAUUGUUCAAAAUAAUUUGCAAUGGACUAUAAAUGGUCGAACCAUUGUGGAAGAAGUGACUGGAGAUUCAGAGAUAAUUGUGCCUGCUGUUUACAGCUUUGUCCCGUUCUCACGACUACACACUUAUAUUGACUCUCUAUCCCACGUCGAUACUUCAAAUGAUGCUGAAGUUAGUCAAGUUUUAGAAAUUGUUGAAGAGCAAAGUGGAAAAUCAUUAGGCAUAACUGAAUUGAGAGAUAUAUCUGGAAGUGCUGACAAUGCUAAGAUAGAGCAAAUGAGCAAUGAAGAUAAAGUCCUAGCUGAUUUGGUUUCAAAGCCUACUGCAAGAAACAAUGCAACAAAGAAACUAAAGUUGAUGAUUUCCAAAAGUGCAGAUGAGGCAGAUCUAAUAGCGCUGAAUCUUGAAAGUUCUCAUUUACAAUUUGGUGAAGGGAGUAGGAAGCAGUUUGCCGAGCUUAAAGACAAUGCUUAAUUUGUUAUCAUGGGAACCAUCUUUUUGUUAAU